UGCGGAAUUCGCUGGCUGUUUUGCAGACCGUUUUCGAUCGAAGCGCGGGAUCAGGUUCCUGUUUCACUUCCAGCACCAGCGGCACUACAAACAUCAACCAAGAUGACCCACCAGUACCCAUCCCUGUCUCCGGAACAGAAGAAGGAGCUGGCGACCAUCGCCCAGCGUAUCGUGGCUCCUGGAAAAGGAAUCCUGGCAGCAGACGAGUCCACAGGCACCAUGGGAAAGCGCCUGCAGAAGAUCAGCGUGGAGAACACCGAGGAGAACCGCCGCGCCUUCCGUGACCUCCUGUUCUCCGUCGACCCGGCCAUCUGUCAGAGCGUGGGGGGCGUGAUCUUCUUCCACGAGACCCUGUACCAGAAGUCUGACGGCGGCGUGCUGUUCCCCCAGCUCGUCAAGGGCAAGGGCAUCGUGGUCGGCAUCAAGGUGGACAAGGGCACGGCGGGACUGAACGGGACAGACGGCGAGACCACCACGCAGGGGCUGGACGGGCUGGGCGAGCGCUGUGCCCAGUACAAGAAGGACGGCUGUGACUUCGCCAAGUGGCGCUGCGUGCUGAAGAUCUCCGACGGUUGCCCUUCUGCGCUCGCCAUCGCUGAAAAUGCCAACGUUCUGGCCAGAUAUGCGAGCAUCUGCCAACAGAACGGCCUGGUGCCCAUCGUGGAGCCCGAGAUCCUCCCAGACGGCGACCACGACCUGAAGCGCUGCCAGUACGUCACGGAGAAGGUUCUGGCCGCCGUGUACAAGGCUCUGUCUGACCACCACGUGUACCUGGAGGGCACUCUGCUCAAGCCCAACAUGGUCACCGCCGGACACUCCUGCCCCAAGAAGUACACCCCGCAGGAGGUCGCCAUGGCAACAGUCACCGCCCUCAGACGCACCGUGCCCGCGGCCGUACCAGGGAUCUGCUUCCUGUCAGGAGGUCAGAGUGAAGAGGAAGCCUCGCUGAACCUGAACACCAUCAACCAGACGCCGCUGCACCGGCCCUGGAAGCUGACCUUCUCUUACGGACGCGCUCUCCAGGCCUCGGCGCUGGCGGCGUGGAAGGGGCGUCCCGAGAACAAGAAGGCCUCGCAGGAGGCGUUCUGCACCCGCGCCAAGAUUAACGGCCUGGCAUCCAAAGGUGAAUACAAGCCCUCGGGCCAGGCGGACCAGUCUGCCACACAGUCCCUCUACACCGCCAGCUACGUCUACUAGACCCGACACCCCGCCGUUGCAGCGGGGACCUGGACCACAAACUGUUCACGUCAUUUAACUUCGUUUAUGAAGGUGUACGUCCCUGCUGGACGUUCUCCUGGAUCAGUGACCAAAUCAUGGAAAGCUUUCUUCUCAUGAAACCAGAUUUGUAUUCAAACUGUGCCUGAACUUGCUCUACUCAGGGUCAUUCAUGUCGAAAUAAAUUUGGACCAAAAUAAAGUGGUCAUUUUUGUCUUUAA